CGGUAACUUUCUGUACGCUUUGGACCAACACCAGGCUAAUAUCGAUUUUGACCCCUAAAAACCUGAAUUUGGCUGUCUGUCCCAGGCUUCCACAUGUGUGAGUUGGCGAAAGUCCUCCGUGCGGCUAUUUUUAGGACGUGGAUCUAGCCUCCCUCAAUUGAUUGGAGAGGCAAAAAGGAAAUUAAAUAAAAGAAGAAAAAAAAAUAGAAACAGAAACGUGCGUCAUGGCCCCGGCAUAUGUAGCAAAUGGACAUGUAUUGAUUGCAAGCAGAGACGCCCCUCCGGCUUCAUCUUUAUUCAAGUGAAAUAGCUGCCGAACUUAAUGUCACUUAAUCAAAUCUGACCUACUUCCAGCAGCGCUUUGUAAAUGGUGAGCGGGCUGAGCAGCAGCGAGUGUGACGGCGACGUCACUGCGACUCAAACAAACAAAAGAUCAGGAGGACGGCAGCAGAGGGAGGGAGCCUGGGGGAAGCACCUCAUUCAUGAUAGUAUUCACAUGAGAAUUUGUGACAUGUGACUUGCCCUCGCUGUCUCAUCCCACUACUGCCUCUUUCACCUUAGACUUCAUCGUCCUUAGAUUUACUGUGUCAUUGGAAGCCAAGGUAUUAACUCAGGUCAAAGAUAAUAUUUGUCUGUCCUUCUGUCUGUCUGUCUGUCUCUCUGGAGCCCAAACUGUUGACGUGAUGUGUGGCACUUCAAAAGGCACAUAUCAAUACCCGGUUGACAGGUCAAAGAUCACUUAACCAGGUUUUUUUAUGCUCUGUGUUCCCAAAGCGUUAUCUCUCCUUUCUCCUAACAGAUUACAUCCAGAGACUAGGAAAAACACCACAAUAAAACCCAGGGUUUGUUUUUGUAAACCUUAAAAUGAUUACAUACUAUACUGUCAUUCCUCGUAUUAAAACUAAGUCAAUCAGAGAGAAACUAAGUCCUGCCAAGUUACCAAAUCAAUUCAUAAAUAAAGACAGGGAAGCUGGCCAAUGAUUUGGAUAAGGACCAAUAAGUUCAUUACUUUAAAGUUGAAGCACUCACCUAAAGUCAGCUUUAGACUAUUCAUUUUACAUUUUAGGACUAUGUCUUGCUACUUUUUUCUGAAAGCUUUUAAAAACAAUUACCUGAAAAAUAUAGAUGCUGUCAAGUUGAAUCCAAAUGUAAGUAUUUAGGUUGAAAAGGUUUUGAAAACAAAUAAUUCCAGUGGCUUUAAAGAGUACAAAUAGUACUGAGCUUCGUCGGUGUUAUGAUUAUUUGGGGGUCCUUUGAAGGAUUUCUUCCCUGUAAGGGGUCCCUGGACCCCAAAACAUUGACCCCUGGUACAACCUAUGAGAAGUCUGUUCUUUGAUUUAGAUAUAAUAUUACCAUAGUUUUUUAGGUACAAAAGUCCACCUCAGACUGAAAUAUCUCAACAACUAUAUUGGAUGGAUCGCCCUAGUCCCUAUAGAUGAUCAAUUCUAGUGACGUUGAUGAUCCACAGCUUUUCCUCUAGUUUCUCUAAUUUCAAUUAGGCAAAUUAUGACAUUGCCUUUAAACUCUUCUGUAAAUGUGAUUAGUUUGAAUUAGCAAAAAUGAUCAGGCUUUUAUGCGAAGAUGGUGAACGAUUGUAACGGUGAUUGUAAAUAUUACAUGCUAAACUUUUUGCUGUGAGCAUAUUAGCAUGCUGAUGUUUGCAUUUAGCUCAAAGCACCUCUGUGCUAAAGAACAGUCUUGUAGAGUCAAUAAUGUAUCGUCGACACCAGUCUUUAUGUGUGGGGGCCCUUAUCUUAUCUUACGCUCUAUAUGUGAGAAGAAAUAGGUUCACUCAAGACAAAAUUUGGUCCCUGCGUAUGUCAUUUUAAUUUCAUCUCAUUAUUUAUUAUAUUAUUUCUGCACAUUUUAUUUAUUUUCCAUUUGUUGCUGGAGACACCUAUAAAAAGAAAAAGUAAAUAAUGCCCAUCGGAAGUGACGGAAAUAUGAACGUAUAGUUUCUUCUUUUGCCGAGGCUGAGGCAGCAGCCGUUAGUCUUGGUUGGGGGCCUCGGGCCUUGCUGUCUGCUCGCACGUGAGUGUGGCCGCCAGAAUUAGGUCGGGGGACAAAAGGCUGCCGCUCUUAUUGAAAUGGUGAGACGUGAAAAUAACGAAAUGAACAAAGCCGACAUAAUGACAACCUCUUAGAGGCUAGUGUUUUUGAACAAUAUGUCAAAAGUGCUUUUUCAUCAUGCACUACUCACACACACACGUACACGACAAUCUUACUUCUUUCUACCUGCACACACAUGUACUCUGGCUCAAAAUAAACAAAUCGAGGGGUAAAUGAAUAAAUUAUAAGUAGGGAUGUCGUGUAGACGUAAUCAAAACAGUUUCCGGCUCAAUCUGGGCUUCCCUAUAAAUGUGGCGUCAGAGUUAGAAGUGGAGGGUAAAGACAAGACAAGGGAGAAGCAAAGCAGCUCAAACAGAGGGGACAAGGACCGGUCUGCAGCUUCAUCUUCUGGUCAGAUCUGCCAGGCCAAGCUGGAGAAGUGGUCCAAUCAGAUGUACCAGGAGCCCGAGGCCGCGCCGGUGGAGGUCCACAUGUUCGACCUGGACUGCCUCCUGUCCGACAUCUCCGACACCCUGUUCACCAUGACACAGAAACCGUGUCCCUGGGCCGGCGACCGUCACGAUAUGUACACCAGCAAUGCUGAUAUAAUCCAGCCAGGCCUGACUCCGCUGCAGCCCAACCUGGAUGAUUUCAUGGAUAUACCAGAUAUCUUUAUGAACUUCCGGGGCCAGCCCACCGAGCAGACUGCUUUUGCUGACUGUGGCUAUUUCGAGAGUUCGCCCAGCAUAGCGUUCGCUCCGCUUCCCUCCUCUGUGGCGACGAGUCCUCAGCUACUGGUCGACACCCAGCUGUCUCAGCCCAACCUGUCGUCUGACAGUUUGCCUCAGCCCUCCUCAUCCAAUACCCGGCCAGACCAGACCAGUCCGGGCCAGGAUUGCAGUGAAUACCACACAUCUAGCAUCAUAUCGGGCGACAUGCCCUACGGACAUCAAUCAUACUCCGAUCCUGCUGUUUCUAUAGCAUUCACCACCAGCAUCGAGCAGCCAGUCUCUUCAAGUAUCCCCUUUCUGUACCCGCUGCCAUGCCACAAGUUUGGUUACUACACAACCACCAGCAUGACCCCCACAGUCAUCACUCACACCGCCUCCACCAUGGGGGCCCAGGGCCCCAUGCACCAGGCUCCUGGUUACCCUCACACAGGGGACACAUACUCCCAGACCCCCUGCCACUCGCUCAGUUACCAGGAGGCCGUGUCCGACCCGGUCCACGCAGCGCUGCCCUCCGGCACCGCGGCCCACUGCUUCUCUGUCCCGGAGCAGCUGGCCGUCACGGGGGUCAGAGGGAAGCACAAGCAAAAGACAGGAGGAGUGAAAACGGUCGGUCCCUCUGCGGCGCCAGCUAACCCCCCGUCCACUGCUCCUACACACACUAGCUGCCUGGCUAAGCUGCUCUCCUCCAGCGCCCGUGAACGGAAGCCACCGCUAGGAUUUGAUACUUCUCUAGUGACGGCCAAAGGUCAGAGGUCAUCAUCGCCCAGCUCCUCGUCAAGCAGCAGCAGCACGCAUGUGGGAGGAGCUUUAUCCCAGUUGCAGCACGGAGCCGGUUGGCCGGCAGUGUUGACGCCUCUGCACAGCCAGAGUGCCCCCCUGGGUCACAGCGCACCCCACGCCAGCACCUCCAGAGGGUUGGCUGUGUCUGCCCUGCUUACCCACAGCUCCAACACACACACCGGCUCCACCCUCCUCAUUCCCAAGACCGAGAAACUGUCUCCUGUCCAGCUCUACGGCGCCGACAGGAGCAGCCUAACAGUUCAUUUUCCAGGACAUACAGGCCAAACGUCACCGCCAAACCCUUUGGAUAAAACCUCCAACCCCGAGUCUCCACACUCAUGCUUCUCAGGACACGGAAAGAUAGAAUCAAGUAAGCAAACAGAGACCAGGAGGAUAACUCACAUCUCGGCUGAGCAGAAGAGGCGCUUCAACAUCAAACUGGGUUUUGACACGUUACAUAACCUGGUGACAACACUCAGCUCUCAGCCAAGCAUAAAGAUCAGCAAAGCCACCACACUGCAGAAGACUGCCGAGUACAUCAGCAAGAUGCAGCAGGAGAGAGCUCAGCUGCACGAGGAGGCUCAGAGACUCAGAGAGGAGAUCCAGCUCCUGAACUCUGCCGUCAACGCGUGCCAGCAGCAGCUGCCGGCCACCGGUGUGCCCAUCACACGGCAGCGCUUUGACCACAUGAGGCAGAAGUUCAAAGAGUACGUCCAGGCACAGACGCUGCAAGACUGGAAGUUUUGGAUCUUCAGUAUAAUCAUCGAGCCGCUGUUCGAGUCCUAUAAUGGAAUGGUGUCCACUGCCAGCGUGGAGGACUUGUGUCGAUCCACUCUGUCCUGGCUGGACCAGCACUGUUCCCUGCCUGCCCUAAGACCCAUGGUUCUCAGUUCACUCCGUAUCCUGAGUACCACCACGGCCAUCCUAACAGACCCCAGUGUAUUGCCGGAGCAGGCCACCCUCGCCGUUACCCAGGGCAACCCCGCUGCUGCCCUGGACCACUCCUUACAGCCCGCCACUCGGGACAAUAUACACCGCAUGUGACCGAGACGAUGGCCUCAACUGGAAUCCACCACAAGUCAGAGGAGAGCCUGUGGGAUGGUUUAAAAAGACUUGAUGCUCAUCUCCCAGACUUUUAAUAAUGUAUAGCCACAUUCCAAAUAAAACUCACGGCUGCAAUAACAAUGUACUCCAGUACACCCAUUAAAAAAAACCACAUCUGAUUUAUGCUUAAAUUCUCGUAAAAGCAUAACAUACUUGUAUUAUACACUACACAUUAUUUUUCAGCCUCAAAAUGUUUCUUUGUUAAAGCAAAAGUUCAGAUGAUGUUCAGUCACUGUGAAAAGCUUAAAUUUCUGUUUAAAUACUUUGGUAACAUGAGCUGACUGCAUUUAUUCUCAAUUCCUUUAACAUCCCAGGUUGUCUUUUUUGUGUAAAAUAUAUUGUCUCUGAUUACUGACAUUUUCUCGGUACA